AUCCCUUCGACGAAGUCGUUCCACAGAAGCCUUGUCAUUGGACUUCACUUGUCGUUGAUCGAAAUUUUUGCGGCUUUUCUGUCCACUACUGCAGUCAUUGUUUCUAGCGUCACUAGGUGGAAGCGUGGGAAGUCAUCAUGAAGGGCCAGGCGGCUGGGACAUAUGAGCCAGCUCUGGUGCCUAUAGCUGGAGAAAUAGUCACUAUCUUUCUGACUUUGGCCACCCUCUCAGUGUUGGUAUUCUGUUUAACUCGCCGAGUCCAAUCGAUACGAUCAUGGAAGAAAUUACCCAUCAACGGCUGGCUGGUGUUCCUAAUAUACCUUGAUUCAUAUACGUUCGUCGUGUUCACGGCUCUGGUGGCGAAAGGUCUGGGGAUAAACACUUCCCCUCAGAUAUGUGAAGGAGCCAUCAUCCUAUGCCUCAUUUGCUAUGUCACGACAAAGGUCAUGGUGUACUACUUCCUCGUCGAAAAAGCCGUGAGCUAUAAUCGAACCCAGACUAAUGGACAUUCACUAACAAUGACGAAGUAUAUCAUCCGAGGCAGUCGGAAACCUCGACUGAAGGACCGACUAUGGAAGAUAAACUUCUUUGGCAUGAUGUGUCCUUACUUGAUUAUCAUCGUCCUAAACUUCGUAUUCCGGAUUGCAUAUAUCGACGACGGUGGACAAUGCAUCAUUGGAAUGAAAAAAGCGGCCAUGAUUCCUUUGAUAACAUUCGAUGUGAUUGUCAACGUCUACCUUACCAUCCUUUUCCUUAUCCCGCUUCGAAGACUUUAUUCGUACAAACAUGAUACGAAUCAUUCUCUCCGCAUCAUGGCGCUCCGUACAUUCAUCGGCAGUUGCGCAACGCUGAUAUCCAGCGUUGCCAAUUUAACAGUCCUAAUGCUGUUGAACGGAGAGCCGGGUUGGAUCUGCCUCAUGCUAUGCAAUGCAGAUGUCCUAUUCACCGCCAUCGUCCUCCACUGGAUCACAUCCAUCGACUCAACACGCAAUACGAGCGGAUACAGCAAAAACCGCAGCGUCGGCGAUGGCGACGCCACCACCCCGGCCGCCGUCUCCCAAAACCUCCGUUCGCAACGCCUCAGCAUCCACGGCGAGAACGGUCAGAUCUGGCACGACGAGAACGGACUGACGAAACUGCGCUCGCAAGGCCCCUGCGUCACGACCAAGAUCGUCGGCGGCGUGGACGACAGCCAGGACAAUAUCGCGUUGCAGGGGAUCCAAGUCCGGACGGAGCAGCGGCGGGAAGUGGAGGUGGAUGGGCGGAGUGAGAGUAGUGCGAGGUCCGGGGAGAGGACGAUUGGGGUGGCGGUAUCGGGGCGGGGAGACUCGACGGAGAAUAUUGUCUAAUCUGAGAACGAUUCUAUGAUGAUUGCAUAUAGAAUAUAAAUAUGGGCUAGCGACAUCAUUUCGGUUGGGUGGGAGUUCAUGGGAAGUGCGGUCUGCAUCAGUGCGGUUAAAAUCAAGCGAUUGUCACGGCCUAGACCUCAAUAGGAGAUGGAUGAAUGGAUGAAUAG